UCUCAUCACUCUUGCCCCACAGCUUAGCGCAAGGCUGCUGCUACCGCUGCCACCCCGCCUUUGACCAGCGCCUUGCCAAGGCAGAGCUACUUUAUCCACGAUAAGCUUGUAGGGCAGCAAUAUGAGCAAUCCAAGCGGUUCUGCGAUGCAAUCCCGCACACGGCCACGCGGUGCCAGUCGCUUUCUGACCCAAGGCAGGGGCUUGCGAGGGCGGAUAGCCUUGAACGACGAAGAAGAUGCGCCAUUUGAACGCCCGUCCAGCUCGCGCGAUGUAUACAACGACGAAGUCGAGGAUGAUGAUGACGAGAAUGCUGGUCUACUGGUCAGCGCGGUACCAAUGUCUGGAGCGCUUGCCGCCACACCUCGCACGCCUACAGAGUAUCCUGAUGCUCCAACUCGCGGUGAGAUAGCUUUGCGAAAAAUCAAUGCAAAGCCAUCGCAGCGCGAACGCAAAAGAUCGUGGUGGUGGGGUGGUCGCAGCGACGAUGCGCCUGGGCCCCCGAGAACGGUGACGCUCGGAGAUUCGGAUCGGCAAAGGUCCAAAUAUCCGAAGAACGUGGUGCGAAAUCAAAAGUAUAACGUCUUCACCUUUCUGCCUUUCGUGCUCUAUGAGCAGUUCAAAUUCUUCUUCAAUCUCUACUUCCUUCUCGUUGCGUUAUCGCAGUUCAUCCCUGCUUUGAAGAUCGGCUUCAUUGCGACGUACGUCGCGCCCCUUGCUUUUGUUCUGGCUAUCACAAUCGGCAAGGAAGCGCUGGACGACCUUGAGCGUUACAGAAGGGACAACGAAAGCAACAGCCAACCUUAUCGCACCCUUGUGCAAGCUGCUCGACUCAGCAAGAAAUCGCGUCGGCGAGGUCGUAUGCAGCUCGAUGCCGAAAGCGAAGGCGACAAGGCAGUGUUCCUGAAUGUGCCAAGCAGCCAGCUCAAGGCCGGGGAUCUGAUAUUCUUGCAAAAGAACGACCGCGUUCCGGCAGACGUGAUCCUUCUCAAGGCCAUCGGAGGAGAUCACAGCGCGAGUCCAACUGAAGACCAAUCAGAUGAGCCGCUCGGAAAAGAAGGUUUCAAGAUUGUGCUGGGAGAGGAGCUCGAUCAGCAGCACGGCCCAAGUGCAGUUGUGCGGAACACUGGUGAUGGCAUUGGCAAUGGGGCUGACGCUGGAGCCAGUGAACUAAAUGGGGAAGAAGCCGGAACAUGCUUCAUCCGAACAGACCAGCUCGAUGGAGAGACCGACUGGAAGCUGCGAGUCGCAGUCGAUCUCACACAGAACAUGUCAAAUGACGAAUUGGUCCAACUCGGUGAACGCGCGAGCGUGUACGCCGGCCCGCCCAUCAAAGACAUCCACACCUUCUUUGGUAACUUUACGCUCCACCCAGACCCAAGCGACACUUGCUCGGCUGGAGCGCCCCUUGAUCCAGAGCGAGGAGGUCCCGCCGUCGGAGACCUUCGGAACCGCGCCUCUCCAAGCCGUAAAGGGCUUACCGCAUCCGAGCAUCUAGAUGGCACUUCCACCCCUAUCGCAAUGGGCCUACAGUCGCAAGUGUCGCCUCUGACCGCAGAGAAUUUGCUGUGGGCCAACACAGUUCUCGCCGCAGGUAGUGCCGUCGGCCUCAUCAUCUACACUGGUCGCGAAACACGCGCAGUCAUGAACACGAGCCACCCGGAGACCAAAGCUGGUCUUUUGGAUCUGGAGAUCAACCGCCUCUCGAAGAUCUUGUGCGCCUUCACCUUUGCCCUUUCCGCCGGCCUCGUCGCUUUGAAUGGAUUCAGGGGAGAAUGGUGGGUGUACGUGUUCCGCUUUCUCAUUCUCUUUAGUUCUAUCAUCCCAAUCUCGCUGCGCGUCAAUCUGGAUAUGGGCAAGACAGUCUACGCAAAGCAAAUACAAAACGACCCAGAGAUCCCAGGGACCAUAGUCCGAACGAGCACGUUGCCCGAGGAGCUCGGCAGAAUUGAAUACCUGCUCAGCGACAAGACGGGUACCCUCACCCAGAACGAGAUGGAGCUCAAGAAGCUGCAUAUGGGCACGAUGAGCUACGGAUGGGACGCUAUGGACGAAGUGGCUGCUCAAUUGGCUAGCGGUCUGGCGCAUAUUCAAUCGCACAAAGAAGAUACAAGCAGGGAAACCACGAGCCCCAGCAAAGCUCUGGUGAAUCCCUUCCUCGCUGCUGGCGCAGUGUUGGGUGGAAGGGGGAGGCGCGACAUGAGCUCCAGGGUGAAAGAUGUCGCGCUCGCACUCGCGCUCUGCCACAAUGUCACCCCUGCCUUUGACGAAAGUGGAGCAGUGACAUACCAAGCUUCGAGUCCCGACGAGGUCGCCAUUGUUCGAUGGACCGAAUCAAUCGGCCUCACGCUCAUCGCGCGCGAUCGGACUUCCAUCAGCCUGCGUGCUUCCUCUAGCGACACGACCUUGUCUUUUUCCAUCCUCGAGAUUUUCCCAUUUACCUCCGAAAGCAAGCGCAUGGGCAUCGUAAUUCGCGAUAAUUCGACAAAGGAGAUCGUCUUUUACCAAAAGGGCGCGGACGUCGUCAUGUCCAAGAUUGUUGCAGAAAAUGACUGGCUAGACGAAGAGUGCGGUAACAUGGCACGGGAAGGACUGAGAACGCUCGUGAUCGCUCGUAAGCGAUUAACCGAAGAUGCGUGGCUCACAUUCGAACGCCAGUACAAAGCUGCCCGCGUACGAAUGGAAGAUCGCAAUGAGGCGAUGGCACAAGUUGUGUCCCAACACCUGGAACUUAAGUUGGAGCUGCUUGGCCUUACAGGCGUCGAAGACAAGUUGCAGGAUGGUGUGAAGACAACAUUAGAGUUGCUGAGAAACGCUGGCAUCAAGGUCUGGAUGCUGACGGGGGACAAGAUUGAGACGGCCACGUGCAUUGCGAUCUCUUCUAAAUUGGUGGCGCGAAAUCAAUACGUCCACCAGGUUGCCAAGCUCAAAUCACUCGAGGCUGCACGAGACACGGUUGAUUUCUUGCGUUCAAAACUCGAUUGUUGUCUCGUCAUCGAUGGCGAGUCGCUUCAGCUCUUGCUUGACAACUUCCGCCUCGAGUUCAUUGAGCUCGCAACACAGCUCACCGCUGUUGUGGCCUGCAGAUGCUCGCCGACGCAAAAGGCGGAUGUCGCCCGCUUGAUCCGCGAAUAUACAAAGAAACGUGUUUGCUGCAUCGGAGACGGUGGCAACGAUGUCUCCAUGAUUCAAGCCGCCGACGUUGGACUUGGCAUCGUGGGGAAAGAGGGAAAGCAAGCGUCUCUGGCAGCCGAUUUCUCGAUUCUCCAGUUCAGCUACGUUACAAAGUUACUCGUAUGGCACGGAAGAAACAGCUACAAGCGUUCAGCAAAGCUGGCUCAAUUUGUCAUCCACCGUGGCCUGAUCAUCUCAAUCAUCCAAGCCGUCUUUUCCGCCAUUUUCUAUUUUGCUCCCAUUGCUCUGUACCAAGGCUGGUUGAUGGUCGGGUAUGCCACAAUAUACACCAUGGCUCCGGUGUUCUCGCUCGUCCUUGACCGCGAUGUUAGUGAGGAUCUUGCUCUCCUGUAUCCGGAGCUUUACAAAGACCUGACAAAAGGGCGGAGUCUCUCGGCCAAGACCUUUACUGAGUGGCUCAUCAUCUCUGUCUACCAAGGGGGUGCGAUCAUGCUGUUGAGCCUGAUCUUGUUCGAGAACGAGUUUCUCAACAUCGUCAGCAUCAGCUUUACAGCGUUGGUGGUGAACGAAUUGAUCAUGAUUGCGCUAGAGAUCACGACUUGGCAUGUCUACAUGGUUAUCUCGGAGAUCGUCACACUCUUUCUCUAUUGCGUAAGCAUCGUCUUUCUGCCCGAAUUUUUUGACCUCAAGUUCGUUCUGUCCCCACGCUUCCUGUGGAAAGUUGCUCUCAUCAUUGCUGUCAGCAGCUUUCCGCUAUAUGUCAUCAAGAUCGUGCGAUCGAGGUUGGCUCCACCUAGCUACAGCAAGCUUGCGACAUCGUAGAGGGGGGCCUCUGCUGCAUACCCGCUCAACUGUAUCCUACUUCGCAAAUAUACCAGUCC